AUGUCCAUACUUACAGAACUCUACACAUUGAGGUUCCUGCUCACUUCAGCCGCGGUGUUGGUCUAUGUAGCGACCAAGAUCCACGCAUACAGACGCCUUUCAGCCUUCAAAGGGCCAUUCAGCACAGGCUGGUGUGAAGUAUGGCACUCGAGUCGCAUCAUUAGCGUGGACUCGCAUCUUGCAUAUCAAGCAGUCAACGACAAGUAUGGCCCCAUCGCACGAGUUGGUCCAAACGACUUGAUUACCUCGUCACCAGAGUUGCUCGCUCACAUGAACGGCGUUCGAUCUCCAUAUACCAGGUCGUGGUGGUUCAACAAGGCAACGAGAGUUGAGCCAGGAAAGGAUCACAUCUUCAGUGAGGUCGAUGAGUCUAGGCACACCAAACGGCGCGCGCAGAUGGCUGCUGGUUAUUCCGGCAAAGAGAAUCUGACCUUGGAACACGACAUCGAUGCCUGCGUCCAGGAACUUCUGUGUCUUAUCUCAUCGAAGUAUCUCAGUACCGAUGCUGGUGCGAGACCUGUUGAUAUUGGCCACAAGAUCCAGCUCUUUGCCAUCGACGUAAUUAGCACUAUCGGAUUUGGUGAGCCUUUUGGCGACAUCAAGGCCGAUGAUGAUCUCAAUGACUACAUCAAAUCCACGGAAGAAGGCCUCACUAUCAUGAAGUUUACCACGGCGCUCGGCUUGACGUCAAUCCUUCAAUGGCCGCCAAUCGCCCACCUCCUCGGCCCAAAGGAAAGUGACAAGAGUGGUUUUGGAAAGCUGAUGGGCACAGCACGCGCGAUCAUCGACGCGCGCUUCAAGAAGUCGGUUGAGGGAAAGUCAGACAUGCUCUCAUCCUUUGUGCGACAUGGCUUGACCAAGGAAGAAGUCUUCACUGAGGCGAUGCUGCAGAUUAUAGCAGGGAGUGACACGACUGCGACCGCAUUACGGUGUAUUCUGUUGUACCUCACUACACAUUCACGCGUCUGCUCAAAAUUGCGCGCUGAGAUCGAUGCCAAUGUGCUCUCCGGCGCUGCGCCACCUGCUGGAAGCAUUGUCUCGGACGAUUGCCUGAAGAACAUGCCAUAUCUGCAAGCUGUUGUGCGGGAAGGACUGCGCAUUCACCCUCCCAUUACAGAUGUCGUGCCAAAGAAGGUUCCUGUGGGUGGUGAUACUUUCACGAUCGACGGCCAUGUACACUACUUCCCCGGCGGCACGAACAUCGGCUACACCGCUUGGGCUGUGAAUCGCGACAAGACUAUCUUUGGUGAAGAUGCUGGAACAUUCCGACCGGAGCGAUGGUUGGUUGAGGAAAAUGAUCAAGUUAGUGUCCAACGGCUGGCUGCGAUGCGACGCACAACAGAGAUGAUUUUUGGUUACGGCAAGUAUCAAUGCUUGGGAAAAUCGAUCGCAUGGCUUGAGAUCACCAAGGUGACCUUCCGAAGACAAUAUGUAUAUGACGAUAACCAAACGGUCACGUUGAAGGCUGCGAAAACAUCUGCGGCGGGCAUUGGUGGUAGCCAGGAGGGUGUCGGUUCAGUAUGA